UGGACUUGUCUGCUGACAGAGAGGCCAAUGGGAUAAACUUCCUCAGCCUGCAGAGCAGCAGCAGGUUGUCUGCUCUGAACCAUGCUGCACUUCUCCACUGACUGCUCCGAGACACGCACAGAGAAGACCCUCUGUCUGACUCCUGGACCUUAACCAUAAUCUGUCGCCCUAUCCUGCACUGACUCUCGCCCUGUGAGAGUGUGAGGGUCACCAUGGCAACCGAGCCUCAGGGCAACCCACAAUGGUUCGGCCCCAGUGAUCACCUGAUGUCUAUGUUUAGGAAGUGCUCCAGCGAUCCAUCCGAGGCAGUCAAAGUGAGACUGAAGCGUAUGCUGCACAUGUUUCUGCUCCACCACGGGGACAGUUUAGGUAAUGAGAGGACCAAAGAGUUGGCAGCGAGGUGCUGCCACCAGGCAGAGUUCUGGUACUACAGGAUCCUGGAGAAACUGGUCAGUCAGGAGAGGAGAAGGCUGGGCAUCAGCGACGUGUCUGGCAUCUUGAAGGCGGAUCUUGUGCAGCGCUGUCUGGUGGCCUGUUGUCUGCAGAUUUCCAUUUGCUCAAACCAUCUACCAUGUGAUUUGCCUCGGCUCCUUCAGAUCUUACAGAUGACGUCAUACCACUUCUGGAGGGUGAUUGAGCUGGUGCUGCGGGCUGAAGCAGGACUGACUCAUGCUGUCGUCAGACACCUCUCCCAGGUGGAGGAGAACAUUCUGGAGAGCUUGGCCUGGACCAGCGACUCACCGCUGUGGGAAGAAAUCAGAUCCAACAGGGGCCAUCUGCUAACCUGCCAACAGGUGAUGCCUCCUGCACAGCUUGAAGAUCCAAAGAGAACCGAGUUACAGCCUGACACAAAACCAGCAGCUGUGAACAGGCCUCAGAGGAGCAGCCCCCUCCUUCUGUUUGCUCGUAAGGUGUACAGUUUGAUGAGCAGGCGUCUGAGGGAGCUGUGUUCCACACUGGACGUUUCUGACAAGCUGCUGCUGCAGAUCUGGACGUGCUUCGAGCACUCUCUGGUCUACUGCUCCCACCUCAUGGUCGACCGUCACCUGGACCAACUGCUCAUGUGUGCCAUCUACAUCAUAGCUAAGGUUAACAAGGUGGAGAUACCCUUUAAAUGCAUAAUGAAGUGCUACAAGUCUCACCCACACGCCAGGAAAAGUGUCUGUAGCAAUGUGCUGAUUUCAGGACGUAACAUGGACAACCCUCCCAACAGAGGACAGAAACCACUGACCACAGGAAAUCAAGUAGAUUAUGACAUAAUGGUGACUCCUGACACACCAUCGACACAUUACCCAGGAGCCUCUCAGGAGCGGAGGGGCAAUCUUAUCGACUUCUACAACCAGGUCUACACGACCAACAUGCAGCACUUUGCCAAGCAGUUUGCUGCAACCUCUGGGUGUGACACUCCUCCUCUGUCUCCAUAUCCUCAACCGUGGAAAGCAUCUCCUCGCAGACACCAGGUGCUCAGGCGCCCCUCCGUCUACAUUUCACCAUACAACCCUGACACCCCCUCCCCUCGUACAACCGGCCUGUGCUACUACUUCAACGCUAGUCCCCCGGAGCGUCUGCGAGAGAUCAACAACAUGAUCAAGACGGGCAGGUCACCCACCAGGCGACGCUAUCUGGUGAAGCUGGAGGAAGGGAAGGAGGAGGAGGGAGACGAGCGCCCUUUGGCAAAAAGGCUCCGUUUGGACCAUCAGUAAGCCUGGCAGAGGAGACUGAGGAGCGUGGUGAACGCUCGCCUCGCGGGAGGGAAGCAGGGCCGACCUUCUCUGGUUACAAAGCCAAAUCUGCACUAGAGGGAAUAGGAGAGGAGCACAGAAACUGUAACUACAAUGUCAGGUGUCAGAGGGAAAGCACAAAGCAAAUAUUGUCUUCCAAUCUGUUAAGAAAACCAUUGUGCCAAGUUUGUUAGCUCAUAGUUUUGGUUUCUCUGCAUUGUUUUUGACACCAAUAAUGCUGUCUAUAGCUGCUUUCAGACAUGCACUGAACUCCAGAUAAUCUCCGGAAAUUAUCCGGAUGUGAGAAUGUCAGAGACAAGCUCCAGAGUUUCUAUGCAUUUUCUUCUGCAAGGCCAUUAGUAAAAAUUCGGAGAAUGUCCGAAUGAGUUCAUGUGAGAAAGCGUGUUGAUGAUAUUUUUAAAACAUGCCAGAUGCAAAAACUGCCAAACAACAACAAUCUGGGGAAGAAAAAGUGUUGCCAAACACAAAGAAGACACUGAUGAAGAAGUCAAGAGAGCUUUUGGUGAAAAGAGCCAACACUGAUUUGGAUGUGCUGUAAACAGUAACACAUGAUCUCCUAUCUCUGUUCUGACGCCUUAGAGUUCAUGUCUGAAAACAUCUUAAGUGUCGUUGACCAACACUUAACAAGCUGUCAUUGGCCAGUUUGAGGAGGAUGGUGGUCGCACUGAUCAGCUCUCUGGUGGAAGUGUGUCACAUUGUGUGACUCUGCAGUUCAAGCCACAGUUAGUGUGGGACAAGCUCGUCUGCCUCUGACAUCACAUAUGAGGUUUCUGCACUGUCUGUGUCCUGCUUGAAUAUUACAUAAAGGCUACAGAUUAUAGAUAUAGUCUAUGAAGUGUUCACUGUUAUUAACUCUCAAAUAACUUUUAAAAUCCUUUUUUCUUAUUCUGUAAUGAUGUUUCCUGAAAAUUAUGCAUAUAUAUCAUUCCUCCAACUGUCACCUUAAGUCAACUCGUUAACUUAACUUAGACCACUACAUCCUCCCACACCAGCCAAUCAGACACAUCUUCACCUCAACGUCCAUGAGUGUCUCCUCAACAUCCAACAUAUCAAAUUUACAUUCAAACCUUUCAAUCACAUAUAGUUGGGGUGUGGUCCUUGAUAGUGAGACUAAAUUAUUGAAAAGUGAUUUUAUAAACACAUUUAAUUUAAAAGAUGUCUUACUGUGUAAGAAUUGUAAAGUCUUGUUCUCUGUAAGAAAAUGAAAAUGAUCACACGUUUCCAACGAAGGCUGUUUGGAAUCUAUUAAAUUUCCACUUUAUAUUCUAGUUAAUAUUACAUGCAGUUCUCUGGGGAACUGGUUUUCACUCAGCCUCACUCUGCUGUCUUCUCUUUUUAAAACGCUAAUGAGCUUUGUAUGAACUUGUUUGUUUAUUAUUUGGUAGAGCAGCAACAUUGAUGGACCAAUCAGCAAAGAUCACAACAUGAUUUAUAGUUUUCACUGUAAACAAAUGAAUGUCAUCUCUAAGCUCUAGUUGUAACAUAUAGACAUGUAAAUCAGAACCUGCUCUGACUCGAGCUGCCUGAAUAAUAAAUAAAAUUCAU